AUGCCAGCGCGGCGGCGGUCCAACAACGGCGGCGGCGAAACGUACCUCGAGCGCCUCCUGGCCGAGUUCUCGGGGUGCUGCCGCCCCGAGGAGGCGCAGCGCCCGAGCUACCGCGCCGCGUCGCCGGCGGCCGCGGCCGCGCCGCGGCCGGGCUGGCCCGCGCCCGACGCCGCGGCGGACGCGCCCGACGCCGCGGCGGACGCGCCGACGCCGCCGGCGCCUCCGCAAACGCGCCGCUCGUCGUCGAUCGUGAGCGACCCGGACGCGCUGUCGCCGCGGGCCGUAUCGCUACUGAUCGCCGCCGCGGAGCUGGACAAGCUGUCGCUGGGGGCGCUGCGCGAGGCGCUGGCGCCGCUCGCGGCCGACGGGCGGCCGCCGGAUGGCGCCGCCGUCGCGCAGCGCUGCGCUCGGGCGACGGGGCGCGGCGGCUUCACCGACGCGACAGCCACGGACGCGCUGCCGGGCGACGCCCUCGCCCACGUCGUGCUCGGGAUCUGCGCGGCGGCGGACGCGAGCGACGCGCAGGUGCUGGGCCUGGCGGCGGCCGCCGCGUCGGAGCUGGGCGAAGUGGACGCCGUCGCGUCCACGAUUGCGCCGGGCGCCUUCCAGUCGCGGGCCGCGCUGGCGGACGACCUCCGCGCCGCGAUCCGCGAAGCGGGAGCAUCGGAAACGGACGUGUCGCCGAAUGCGUUCGCGGCGGUCGUCGAGGCGUGCCUGGCGCGCGACGUCGCGCUCGAUCGCGCGGCCGCCGACGAGCGCGAGGCCGCGGAGCGCGAACGGCGCCGCCGGACGGCCGCGCAAGCCGCACGCGAGGAGCAGGUCCGGCGCUCGACGGUCACACAACCUCAGCGACCGCCGACUGCCGUGUCCGCGCCGCACGUCGCCGCCGUCGACGUCGUCGUCGCGGCGGCGACCCUCGGCCAGCGCACGUUGCGGGAGGCGGCCGAUAUCCUGGGUGAUGAUUUGGACGCGGCGGCGGCGCGCCUCGCCCGACAUACGGCGCUGCCCUCGUCGUACUUUUCGCCCUCCUUCGUGCCGUCGACCGCGCUGUCGCCGGAGCAGAUUCGAGCAUGGGCCUUCCAGACGCUCGCUGCCAGAGGUGCCGACGACGCGGCGGUCACGGACAUUUUGGUCCGCGUCGUCGCGAAUCGGACGCUCGACGACAUCUCGAAAUCCGUCGAAAGCGCCUGCGUCGCGCCGCACCGGUCGGGUCGCGCGUCCGCCGACGUUCUCCGCGACCUGGUCGCCGCCGUCUGUCAAAAAGGCGAAGAAGCGCUCCCCCCGGGUUUCGUCAACGAGCGCCUCGUCGCGUCCGCGUGCCUGCCUCCGGAGCGUCUCCGCGGCGUUGUGGCGACCGCGCUGGUCGCGCCCGAGGUGCGGGCCGAGGACGACUACUACGCGGCUCAAGAGACGAGGGACCGCGAGGCGAACCGGCUGCGGAUCAAGGCCGCCGCGGACACGGAGCGGCGGCGCCGCGUCGACGAGCUCGAGGCCGGCGCGUCCGACGACGACUAA